AUGGAGAACGGAGGCUCAGACACCAUUAAGGAUGAUGAGGACAGCUUGUGGGAGAAUGUGGAGAGUAACCGAAACACUCUCACACGCACCAUCAACCCCGACAAACUGACCCCUUACCUGCGACAGUGCAAAGUCAUCGACGAACAGGAUGAGGACGAAGUACUUCGCUCCUUGCUGCUAGUGUCCAAAGUCCACCGUGCAGGGCGCCUGUUGGAUAUCUUGCGGACCAAGGGUCAGCGCGGCUAUGUGGUGUUUCUGGAGAGCCUGGAGUUUUAUUACCCCGACCUCUAUAAGCAUGUCACGGGGAAGGAGCCCACUCGCAGGUUCUCAACAAUAGUGGUGGAAGAGGGACACGAAGGUCUUACUCACUUCUUAAUGAAUGAAAUCAUCAAACUACAGCAGCAGGCAAAGGCCAAAGACAUUCAGAGAGUGGACAUUCUCGGAAAGUAUCGUACUCUGGAGGACGAGCAAAAGAAGCUGCGACUGGCUUACCAAGAGCUUCGGACCUUCCAGGAGCGUUACAACAAAAUGAAGGAAGAACGCAACAACUACAACGACGAGUUGAUCAAGGUGAAGGACGAGAACUACAAACUGGCCAUGCGUUACGCCCAGCUCAGCGAGGAGAAGAACAUGGCCGUCAUGAGAAGCCGCGAUCUACAGCUGGAGAUUGAUCAGCUGAAGCACAAGCUGAAUAAAGUAGAGGAAGAGUGUAAAAUGGAGAGGAGGCAGUCUUUGAAACUGAAAAACGACAUUGAGAACCGACCUCGCAAAGAGCAGAUCUUUGAGCUCGAACGUGAGAAUGAAAUGCUUAAGAUCAAAGUUCAAGAUUUGCAGUCUAUUAUACAGCCAGGACCGAUACCUGGACCGCUGCCACACAAGGCCAUCCUUGACAUUCUGGAGCACGACCGUCAAGAAGCUCUGGAGGACAGGCAGGAGCUUGUCAAUCGUCUCUACAACCUGCACGAGGAGGUGCGCCAGGCAGAGGAGCUCAGGGACAAGUACCUGGAGGAAAAAGAAGACCUAGAAUUAAAAUGCUCCACUUUGGAAAAAGACUGUGAAAUGUACAAGAACCGCAUGAACACCAUGAUGUUCCAGUUAGAAGAGGUGGAACGCGAGAGGGACCAGGCCUUCAAGUCCAGAGACGAUGCCCAGAAUCAGUUCUCUCAGUGUCUUAUUGACAAAGACAAAUACCGCAAGCAGAUCCGUGAGCUGGAGGAGAGGAGUGAUGAGCUGCACAUUGAAAUAGUGAGAAAAGAGGCCAAGAUAGUCAAUCUGGAGUCCAAGUUAAGACGUUUGUCUAAGGAAAGUGGCUUAGAUCAGAGUUUGCCUCGAGAUAUUCCGUUUACGAUGAUACCCCAAGCCCUGGACCAGCAGGACCCUAAGACAGAUGGGGCUUCAGACUCUGGAGAAGAUUCCGCUGAAGAAAAGUUCUUUCAGGAGGAGCCCAAGUUAAGACGCAGAAGAAACAUUAAGGGCAUCAACAGAGCAAAGUCUCCAGUCUCAACAAUCAAGCCUCUAGAUUUCCUCGUGUCAAACAAUGGGGAUCUAUCGGAUGCUCCUAGCACAGACACUGGUUCCUUUACCACAAAUUCAGGCAACACCAGUUUCACUAGUGUCCCUAUCACGCCAACAAGCGCCAAAGACAUGCUUAACAAACUGCGCUAUCGGAAUGACAGCAUCAUGUCCACAGCCCCUGAGCCUCCAGGGAACGCCUCCCUCGUGAGGAGAACCAAAGAGGGAGACCAUGACUUCCAACCGCGGAGUCUCUCUGACCUAGACAGUGAUAGUGGGGACAAUAUGGAGCCAGACGAAGAAGCUGAUAGGUUUUCCCACGGUCCUCCGUCUAUUCACUCCUCUUCCUCCUCCCACCAUUCAGAGGGCAUGGAGACCUAUGACCUGGAGCAAGUCAACAACAUAUUCAGGAAACUGUCGCUGGAGAGACCGUUUCGCCCUUCGCUCAACUCGUUUACGCGCUUCAACAGUACUCUUAAGCCUGUGCAGGACCUCUGUGUCCCGGGAGACUACAUUCUCUCAGAUGUCACUCUGGUAGGGGGCAAUGAGAGUGGCAUCUUCGUGUCCUUUGUGAAACCCGGCUCUAAAGCAGAGUCGGCUGGACUGAGAGAGGGACACCACCUCCUAAUGUUAGAAGGCUGUAUCCAUGGAGAAACCCAGAGCGUACCUCUGGACACAUGCACCAAAGAAGAGGCCCAUUGGACCCUGCAGAGAUGCACUGGCCAGAUCAAGCUCCAUUACAGAUCCAACGUUGAUGGCUACCGUCGGCUACAGAAGGACAUGGAUGAUGGCACGCUGGUUUCGGGGGAUUCCUUUUACAUCCGGGUAAACUUGAACGUGUCGGUCCAGACGGACAACUGCACGAUGAGCGUGCGCUGUGACGAGAUUGUCCAUGUGCUGGACACCAUGCACCAGGGGAAAUGCGAGUGGCUGUGCGCUCGAGUCGACGCCUUUACCGACAAGGAUCUGGAGAGAGGCACCAUACCGAGCUACUCCAGGGCCCAGCAGCUCCUCCUAGUGAAGAUCCAGAAACUGAUGUGCCGGGGUGGGAAGGAGGACACGGACAGCCUGCGGGGUCUUCGGAACACGUUACAGCCAGAGGAGCCCAUGCAGUCACCUGACCCCAAGUCCAGCCCGCGUCUGUCCAGGGCCAGCCUCUUCAUCUGUCAGAUACUACAGUUUGUCAGCAGAACAGAUAACAAGUACAAGAGGAUGAACAGCAGCGAGCGCGUGCGCAUCGUCAGCGGCGGGAAUCCAUCAUCGCUUCCCAGGCCUGGUUUUGAAAACAUGAAACCUGACGACUCUUCUGACACAGAGACCGACCUGAAUAAGAGCCUAAACCUGAUCCCUUACAGCCUGGUCACUCCACACCACUCCCAACGCAAGAGACCUGUACUCUUUUCCCCGAGCGCUCUGGCCAAAACCAUCGUUCAAAAAUUCCUCAACCUCGGAGGCGCCAUGGAAUUCAACAUGUGUAAACCAGAUGUUCUAACAAAAGAGGAGUUUUUUAUGAAACAGAAGAUAGAACCAAUCAUUUACUCUAAAGAAAAAGAAGCCAACACAUACGAAUGCAUCACCCCUGAAAAUAUUGAGGCAGUGGCGUUCAAGAAUAAACACUGUCUGCUGGAAGUUGAUCUGAGCUGUGUAAAGGACCUGCUGAGGAGAGAAAUCUACCCCAUCAUUAUCUUCAUCAAAAUCUGUGAGAAGAACAUUAGAAAAUUAAGGAGGCUGCCGUUAAAGGUGGACUCAGAGGAGGACUUCCUGAAGAUGUGCCGCUAUAAGGAGAAGGAGCUGGAGAGCCUACCGUGUCUCUACGCGUCUGUGGAGCCCGACUCCUGGAGCGGCGUGGAGGACUUACUGAAGGUCAUUAAGGACAAAAUCUUAGAGGAGCAGAAAAAAACUGUAUGGGUGGAACAGGAUCUGCUGUAG